CCGAGUUACAUGCAUGUCAAGUGGGGGAAGAUUUAAUUUUGAUGACGGUGGGUCUUACUGCGGAGGCUGGCAGGAUGGCAAGGCUCACGGCCACGGGAUCUGUACUGGUCCCAAGGGGCAGGGCGAGUACUCGGGCUCCUGGAGUCACGGUUUCGAGGUACUGGGAGUCUACACCUGGCCAAGUGGCAAUACCUAUCAAGGCACCUGGGCACAGGGCAAGAGGCAUGGAAUCGGGGUGGAGACCAAGGGCAAAUGGGUUUAUAGAGGGGAGUGGACCCAGGGAUUUAAAGGGCGCUAUGGGAUCCGGGAAUGCACGGGCAACGGAGCCAAGUACGAGGGUACAUGGAGCAACGGUCUGCAGGAUGGGUACGGGACAGAGACCUACUCUGAUGGAGGUACAUACCAAGGUCAGUGGGUCGCUGGAAUUCGUCAAGGGUAUGGUGUGCGGCAAAGUGUUCCCUAUGGAAUGGCAGCUGUUAUCAGAUCUCCCCUCAGGACCUCUAUAAACUCGCUUCGUAGUGAGCACACAAAUGGCACGGCAAUGCACCCAGAUGCUUCCUGCGCAGUAGCUGGAAGCCCAGCAGUGUCCAGAGGGGGGUUUGUGCUUAUGGCUCACAGUGAUGCAGAAAUUCUUAAGAACAAAAAGAAGGGCAUCUUCAGGAGGUCCAUCCUUAGUGGCUUAAAGUUGCGCAAGUCUGAAUCCAAGAGCUCUUUAGCCAGCCAAAGGAGUAAGCAGAGCUCUUUCCGCAGUGAGGCUGGCAUGAGUACAGUGAGUUCAACUGCAAGUGACAUUAACUCCACUAUCAGCCUGGGUGAGGGAGAGACAGAACUCUCAGUCAUAGAGGAUGAUAUUGAUGCCACCACCACAGAGGUUUACAUGGGGGAGUGGAAACAUGACAAGCGCUCUGGGUACGGAGUGAGCCAACGUUCUGAUGGUCUCAAAUAUGAGGGCGAGUGGGCUAAUAACAAAAGACAUGGUUAUGGGUGCAUGACUUUUCCUGAUGGGACCAAAGAGGAAGGGAAGUACAAGCAGAAUGUCCUUGUUAGUGGGAAGAAAAAGAAUUUGAUUCCACUUCGAGCCAGCAAGUUCAGAGAAAAGGUUGACCGUGCAGUAGAGUCAGCUGAGAGAGCAAGCAACAUUGCAAAGCAGAAAGCGGAAAUUGCAGCCUCCAGGACGUCUCACUCGAGGGCUAAAGCAGAUACAGCUGUCUCAGCAGCCCAUAAAGCGCAAGAGGAGGCACAGAUAGCCAGAAUUGCUGCCAAAGAGUUCUCUCCUUCCUUCCAGCAUCGAGAAAAUGGGCUUAAAUGCCAGAGGCCAAAACAUCAGAACUCAAGUGACGAUAUUGAGGUUAUCUCAACAGAGACCCCACCACAACAGGACAGCCCAGAACUUUACAGGAAGGGGACAACGCCAUCAGAUGUUACUCCUGAUGAGAGUCCCAUGAGAAGCCCCAUGUGCAGUCCACCCUCUACCCCACCCUUGCCUCAGCCAGCUCCCAAGUCUAGAAACAAAAGUGCUCACUUCUCUAGGCAACUUUCAGUGGAUGAGGACAGGGGAGGAGAUAUACAAAUGCUGCUGGAAGGGCGAGGUGGGGACUAUGUUAGACCCAAUAGUUGGAGUGAAGUUGGAGGGGGUAGAAUAGGGAUUUCACAGGGAAACCCAUUGGGACCGUGCUCUAUCCCAGAAGACCUCCUGAUGAAGAGCACUGGUCACAAACAUGUGGUGUCCAACCACAAGCCAAGAGAAAGGUGGUCAGAUUCUCCAACUACAAUAUCAUGGACUUCCCACAGGACACAUAACCACAGCCCAAGUGGCAAUAAGCUGCUGGAGGUGGAUGAGGAGAAACUGAGCAAUUAUGAAAUGGAAAUGAAGCCCUUGAAGAGGAUGGAUUCUUAUAUGCAAGAGAUACACACCCAAAAAAGACACUACAACAAAACAGGGUCCCGGAACCAAACUGAGGGCUACAACUUAGAGGACCGCAUGUAUGGAGUCCAGAGACUGAGGUCAAAACCUCAGAGCAAAGAGAACUUCAGGCCGGCAUCUUCUGCUGAGCCCACCGUGCAGAAACUGGAUACUCUGCGGUUUGGGGAGAAAGGGGAAUCAAGGCUCUUAAGGCGAGAUCUUACCCUUUCCCCACCGCAAAAAUCUUUACCUGUUGCACUAGAAUCAGACGAGGAAAAUACAGCGGAACUUCAGGUUGCUUCUGGCUCCGCCCCCAUCCUGGUAGUCAUGGUGAUUUUACUAAACAUCGGAGUCGCCAUUUUGUUUAUUCACUUUUUCAUUUGA